AUGGAACCAGAACCAUUCGUACCCUCUCAAGGAUCAGUCCGGAAGAAUUACAGUCUAGCUACAGAGUUAGUUUUUAUAGACAAUUCAGAUGGGACAGGUGUUAGAGAUCUUUAUAAUGCUUCUUCUAUACCGAUUUAUCAAACAGCUACCUUCAAACAGUCAUCAGCAUCAAGAGUGGAGGAAUUUGAUUAUACGAGAAGCGGAAAUCCUACUCGUUCUCACUUAGGUAAUUUUUUUCAUGGUCGUGCUUUUGUCGUGAGUAGUGGUAUGAGUGCAUUAGACGUGGUAGCUCGUUUAGUCAAAGCAGGCGAGGAGAUAAUUGCUGGGGAUGAUUUAUACGGAGGCACCAAUCGACUUCUUGCGUUUCUUAAUAAAAGUUUUGACAUCAAAUCACAUCAUGUUGAUACAACAAAUCCGGAUGCACUUUUACCCUACCUACAUCCCACAAGGACUCGCCUUAUUCUCCUAGAAUCACCUACAAAUCCAUUGAUCAAAAUUUCGGACAUUCCAAAGAUUGCAUCGAUCGUGCACGAGCGGUGUCCAAAUGCCUUGAUAGUAGUUGAUAACACCAUGAUGUCACCUUACCUUCAAAGACCACUGGAAUUCGGUGCAGACAUCGUGAUACAUUCCGGAACAAAAUAUCUCAGUGGACACCACGAUUUAAUGGCAGGCGUGAUCGGUGUUAAGGAUGAAGUUGUUGCAGAGACUUUGGCAGUCCGCAUGGAAAAGCAGCAAGCUAAUGCAGUGCGGAUAGCAGAAUUUCUCGAACAUCAUGGGUUUAAAGUUAUGUACCCUGGGUUAAGGACUCACCCACAAUACGAUUUACACACCACUAUGUCCCGUGGACCUGGAGCCGUAUUGAGUUUUGUAACUAACGACGUAGAAAUUAGUGAACGAGUAGACGUAAACGAUUUGAUUGAAGAUUUAUAUUCAGCAUUAGUUACGGCUAAUGCCAUAAAAGUCAUCAAGCCAAAUGGAUAUAUUAAAUAA